GAGAGCCGCGGCGGAGGAUGGCCGUGCUCAAGCUCGCCGACCAGCCUCCACUGGUCCAGGCGAUUUUCAGUGGUGAUCCAGAAGAGAUACGGAUGUUGAUCUACAAAACUGAGGAUGUCAACGCCUUGGAUGCUGAGAAAAGAACGCCUCUUCACGUUGCAUCAUUCCUGGGAGAUGCAGACAUCAUUGAGCUUCUCAUUUUGUCAGGCGCUCGUGUCAAUGCCAAGGACAAUAUGUGGCUGACUCCUCUCCAUCGAGCAGUUGCUUCAAGGAGUGAAGAAGCCGUGCAGGUGCUCAUCAAGCACUCGGCCGACGUCAAUGCCCGGGACAAGAACUGGCAGACCCCGCUGCACGUGGCAGCCGCCAACAAGGCGGUGAAGUGUGCGGAGAUCCUCAUCCCCCUGCUGAGCAGCGUCAACGUGUCGGACCGCGGCGGGCGCACGGCGCUGCACCACGCCGCCCUCAAUGGCCACAUCGAGAUGGUGAACUUGCUCUUAGCCAAGGGGGCAAACAUCAAUGCUUUUGACAAAAAGGACAGAAGAGCUCUUCACUGGGCAGCGUACAUGGGUCACCUGGAAGUUGUUGCCUUACUGAUUAAUCAUGGUGCAGAAGUGACUUGUAAAGACAAGAAGGGUUACACCCCACUUCAUGCAGCUGCAUCCAAUGGGCAGAUUAACAUUGUGAAACAACUCCUUAACCUGGGGGUGGAGAUUGAUGAGAUGAACAUCUACGGAAACACUGCACUUCACAUUGCUUGUUACAACGGUCAGGAUUCUGUUGUUAAUGAGCUGAUUGACUAUGGUGCUAAUGUAAAUCAGCCUAAUAACAAUGGAUUCACCCCCUUGCAUUUUGCUGCUGCCUCCACUCAUGGAGCACUGUGUCUUGAACUACUAGUGAAUAAUGGGGCAGAUGUUAAUAUUCAGAGUAAGGAUGGGAAGAGCCCCCUGCACAUGACAGCUGUCCAUGGGAGGUUCACGCGGUCACAGACCCUCAUCCAGAACGGAGGGGAAAUCGACUGUGUAGAUAAGGAUGGUAACACCCCUCUGCACGUGGCUGCAAGAUAUGGACACGAGCUUUUGAUCAACACCCUCAUAACCAGCGGAGCCGAUACUGCCAAGUGUGGGAUCCACAACAUGUUCCCUUUACACUUAGCAGCACUGAAUGCCCACUCAGACUGCUGCAGGAAAUUGUUAUCAUCGGGCUUUGACAUAGACACCCCCGACAGCUUCGGAAGAACGUGCCUGCAUGCGGCCGCUGCCGGAGGUAAUGUAGAAUGUAUAAAACUCUUGCAAAGCAGUGGAGCAGAUUUUAAUAAGAAGGACAAAUGUGGAAGGACACCUUUGCACUAUGCAGCUGCAAAUUGUCAUUUCCACUGCAUUGAGACUCUGGUGACAACAGGAGCCAAUAUUAAUGAAACAGAUGACUGGGGACGCACCCCUUUGCACUACGCUGCUGCCUCUGACAUGGACCGAAAAAGAAAGAAUAUUUUAGGUAACUCCCAUGAAAAUGCUGAAGAACUUGAAAGAGCCACUGAGAUGAAGGAAAAAGAAGCUGCAUUGUGUCUCGAGUUCCUUCUCCAGAACGAUGCCAACCCAUCCAUCCAGGACAAGGAGGGGUACAACACUGUGCAUUACGCUGCUGCCUAUGGGCACCGGCAGUGCUUGGAACUGAUUGGAAGCAAAACUCCAUUGGAUAUACUUCUGGAAAAAACUAACAAUAUGUUUGAGGAAUCUGCAGCUACAAAAAGUCCUUUGCAUUUAGCUGCCUAUAAUGGUCAUCAUCAAGCUCUGGAGGUACUUCUCCAGUCUCUGGUAGAUCUGGAUAUCAAGGAUGACAAGGGACGCACUGCUCUGGACUUGGCUGCGUUUAGAGGACAUGCAGAGUGUGUGGAAGCUCUCAUCAGCCAGGGUGCUUCUGUCACCGUAAAGGACAAUGUCACCAAAAGGACCCCCCUCCAUGCCUCAGUCAUUAAUGGCCAUACACCUUGUUUACGGUUGUUGCUGGAAGUCACAGACAACCCUGAUGUGACAGACGCCAAAGGACAAACUCCACUAAUGCUUGCAGUGGCAUACGGGCACAUCGAUGCUGUUUCUUUAUUACUUGAAAAAGAAGCAUCUGUAGAUGCAGCUGAUCUCCUGGGAUGCACAGCUUUACAUCGAGGGAUCAUGACUGGGCAUGAAGAAUGUGUUCAGAUGCUGUUAGAGAAAGAAGUCUCUAUUUUGUGUAAAGAUGCCAGAGGCAGGACACCUCUGCACUUUGCAGCAGCUCGGGGUCACGCCACGUGGCUGAGCGAGUUACUGCAGGUGGCACUUUCCGAGGAGGACUGCAGCCUGAAGGACAACCAGGGCUACACACCCCUGCACUGGGCUUCUUACAAUGGUCAUGAAAACUGCAUAGAGGUACUAUUGGAACAAAAACUUUUCCACAAGUUUGAUGGUAAUAGCUUCUCUCCAUUGCACUGUGCUGUAAUCAAUGAUCAUGAAAACUGUGCAUCACUACUCAUCGGAGCCAUAGAUGCCAGCAUUGUCAAUUGUGAAGAUGACAAAGGAAGGACGCCCCUGCACGCCGCAGCCUUCGCAGACCAUGUGGAGUGCCUGCAGCUGCUGCUGAGCCACAGCGCGCAGGUGAACGCGGCCGACCGCGCGGGCAGGACGCCGCUCAUGAUGGCAGCGCACAGCGGGCACGUGGGUGCCGUCGACUUUUUGGUGAACAUUGCCAAGGCUGACCUGACAUUAAAAGACAAGGAGUUGAAUACAUCUUUGCACUUGGCUAGCAGUAAAGGUCAUGAAAAAUGUGCCUUGUUAAUACUUGACAAGAUCCAAGAACAGAGCCUUAUUAAUGCAAAAAAUAAUGCAUUGCAGACACCGCUUCAUAUUGCUGCACGAAAUGGCCUAAAGAUGGUGGUUGAAGAGUUGCUGGCUAAAGGGGCCUGUGUCUUGGCAGUAGAUGAAAAUGGUCAUACGCCAGCCCUGGCUUGUGCUCCUAACAAAGACGUGGCUGACUGCCUGGCACUCAUUUUGGCUACCAUGAUGCCUUUUUCUCCCUCCAGUUCAGUGACGGCUUUCAACUUCGCUUGUUUUAAAAAAGACAAUUUGGGCAGGACGCACGUCUGCGAUGGCUCCGCUAUGGGUAGCAUUAACUCUUAUGAUAAGCCCCUGAGUAAUAACAUAGGAACAGAGGAUGGGUACAAUGAAAAUGAUUCAGAUUCUGAAACAUUUUGACUUAUUGGUAUUUGAAAACUUUUUUCGUUAUUAUUUCAUUUCAGCUUUAAUUUUUGUCCUUUUAAAAAGCUUAAAUCCCACAGUUAUAUCCUUAACUGUAAUUCUUGACAAGUCGGUAUUGAAAGAUUUGUAGUGUUGAUGAGAAUCAAGCCUUUAAAUAACAAAAUUAGAGGGACUUCCUGGAAAAUAUUUCUAUUAGCUUUCUGCAGCUUUUCAGUUUCCUGAUGUUUUCUCUAGGCCCAAAGUGCCCCUGUGGAAAGUGUCUACCUCUUAUUUUAAGUAGAAAAAGAGAAAAUGCCUUUUUUCUUUUUGACAGCACAAAUAAACAGGGAACUGUUUGUAAAGAGUUCUUUCAUGUUUUAGCUGCACCUUUAGUGCACAAUCCUAUUUCCAGCAUAGCCUUCACAGAUUCAAGCAUCACCCCAUUCCUAUGUUUGUCUGUUUCCUGC